AUGUCUUCUCCAUCAAAGCAAAGACGAAGAGGAGGAAGAAAAAGAUUGAAAUGUGAGAUUCCAGAUAAUGGUAAUACUUCAUCAUCAGCGGUUAAAAUUGGUACUAGUGUUGAUCUCCUAACUCUCAUUUUAACUCGUUUACCAUCGAAAGUUUUACUUGUAUUCAAGUUAGUUUCAAAAUUUUGGUUAUCCAUAAUCCAUAGCCCUCAUUUUGCCCACGAAUAUUUCAUCAGAAACCCUAGCUUAUCAAUUCUAGGAUUGUUUUGGGGCACAGAAUUACCCUCCGUUACAAAACACAAGUAUGAGUACAUCUUUUUAGAUGGAAAUACCGAUGGCUAUGUACCUUUUGAAACCAUAGCUUUUAAGGUAAAGAGAUUAGUCAGAGUAGGUAUAAAGAUUUUGCAAUCUUGCAAUGGCUUACUCCUAUGUGGUAAUGUUGUAAGCCGCAAUUCUGAUCGUACUUACUACAUCUUCAAUCCUUACGCAAAGCAGUACAAAAUCAUACCUCCGUCUCAAAUCAGAAGUCGUGAUUUCCCAUAUCUUAUGAAUGUUAGUUUAGUGUCCGAUCCAUCCAAAUCCCCAUACUACAAAGUUAUAUCUUUCUGGAGUAGCAGGGAUAUAUCAGACUGGUGUAACAUUGAUCCAGAAUUAUUUAACACGAGGACUGAUCUGAGUUCUACUAAAUUUCGAGUUGAAAUCUAUGACUCCGAAACGUCUACUUGGGGGUUGUCUGGAUUUUAUUCAUGUACUCCUGCAGCAGAAUGUUUACUAUGGGGUCGAGGUGCUGGUAUCUUCUGGAAUCUUAGAUUAUACUGGUGA